UCACAACUAAAUUUCAACACACUCACACAUUAAACAUCACAUUACAUUAUUUAAUUACAAAAUCACUAGUGAUGGCUUUACAGUGUGUGUGCGUGUUGACUGACGGACAAGGGAAGCAACCUCCCCAGCAGUCUAGAAUGCAGAACAAAAAGGGACUCAGAGACAUUGACCUGUGUGAGAUUGCCAAGAGAUCAGAGGAUGAGAGAACCAAACACAAUGAUUACGAGUGCCACUUGAAAGGGGAGAAGAGGCAAAACCUUAUCAACAAGCUUAAGAUGUACCUGGAUGACUAUGACGACAGACCAGUGAUGAAAGGUAAGGCGAAGACCUGCGAAGACGGAAAGACUCUAGGCCAAACCGGAUUCGGACCUAUGAUAAAAUACCCGGGCUAUGUGGACUAUGAACAUCCGUACUUUAGCGACCCUUACAACAAGAUGCCGGCCCUAGCUUCAACUGUGGGGCAGAGAGGGGAGAACCCAUGUCCUCCGAUAAAAGUGAGAAACUGGGAUGCCUUCAACACCCAGGGCACUGUCCACACACAAGAUAUGGGUAAUGGUUGCCAGACUAAAGCUUCUGAGGAUUUAGACGGACGAUGUCGGUGUGCCGAACGUAGAGGAGAGGUUCCUACUUGUCCUGCAGCCGCCAGAUAUCCUAAAUCUCCUGUGGUUCCAGGGGACAUGACGAGAUCUCCUUACGCUGAUAACCUACACACGCACACGAACACACACAAUACUCAGCCAGCAUGUGAAUACAUCUGCAUACCUCUGCCAGACUAAAAGUUGA